CAACCAAUCAUCUUCAAGCGAUAGGCCUAGUUAAUGACCCAGCCGACUUCAUUUUCAUUUUCUUUUUUCACACCUAACACCUUCUAGCAACUUCAAGCCAACACGGCUCCAUUUAUCAUUUCUUCUUAUCCUCAUUUUCUUACCACCGCCGGUUACCGUUGACCGCCGCGACAGCCUCUCUAUCGCCGAUUAUUCGGAAGUAAGCCGAAAGAUCUUCGAAGAUGAAAAUUUUUGUGAAGACACUCAAGGGCAAGCACUUCGAAAUUGAAGUGAAAACCGUGGAUACGGUUGCAGAGGUAAAGAAAACUAUAGAAAGCGCACAAGGAGCAGAUGUAUAUCCUGCUGCACUACAGAUGCUUAUUCAUCAGGGAAAAGUUCUUAAAGAUAGCACUACACUGGAAGAAAAUAAAGUUGCUGAAGGCAGUUUUGUUGUUGUUAUGCUGAGCAAGAAUAAGGGACCCACAGGUGAAGGAUCAACAACAUCAAAUGCACCUGCUGUAAAGGCACCACCAACAAGUGCGCCACCUACUUCAACAUCAGUGCCUGCACCUUCUCAACCUCACGCAAUAGCGGCUGCUCCAGCUCCAGCCCCAGCUCCUGCUCCUGCUGCGGCUCCGGCCCCGGCUGCUAGUGAUGUUUCUGAAGUUUAUGGCCAAGCCGCAUCUAAUCUAGUUGCUGGUAGCAACCUUGAAGGGACGAUACAACAGAUUCUUGAUAUGGGUGGGGGAACUUGGGACAGAGACACUGUUCUCCGUGCCCUUCGUGCUGCUUUCAAUAAUCCAGAGAGGGCUGUCGAAUAUUUAUACUCUGGGAUCCCUGAAUCAGCUGAAGUUCCACCUGCUGGGCAGGCUGCUAGUGUGCCUGUUCAGUCUCAGCAAACAGCUCAACCAGCACCCCCAUCUGCAGCUGGUCCAAAUGCUAACCCACUGAAUCUUUUCCCUCAGGGCUUUCCAAACAUGGGGCCGAAUGCUGGUGCUGCAAAUACCCUCGAUUUUCUGCGCAAUAGUCCUCAGUUCCAAGCCCUGAGAGCAAUGGUGCAGGCCAACCCGCAGAUCUUGCAGCCCAUGCUUCAAGAAUUAGGUAAGCAGAAUCCUCAGCUAGUGAGACUGAUCCAAGACCACCAAGCUGACUUUCUUCGACUCAUCAAUGAGCCCGUUGAAGGUGGAGAAGGUAUCGCUAACAUGUUGGGGCAACUCGGAGAUGCAAUGCCACAAGCUGUUACAGUUACAGCUGAGGAACGUGAAGCUAUAGAGAGGCUCGAAGCAAUGGGAUUCGACCGUGAGCUGGUGCUUCAGGUUUUCUUUGCGUGCAACAAAAAUGAGGAGUUAGCUGCUAACUACCUACUGGAUCACAUGCAUGAGUUUGAAGACUGAUUAUAUGAGGAAAAAUGAAUCGGAUGCAUUUAGCUGUUUGCGAGAACUCUUGUGUCCCAUCUUAUUUUCGCUCUUGACCUUCUUUAUGGGCAUUUGGUGAACCUUUUUUUACUUUGGCCUCCUUUUCUUGGGUUUCAAUGGGGUUGAAGAAUGCACGACUGUACUUGUUACUAUAAGUGUAAUUAAUGUUUGACGUGCUUGUGAAUUCGCGUAUUUUUUGGAGGUAUAUUAUAUUCUUGCCUUUUUCCGACUGCUCCAUUGAUUUGCCUUUUUUGGAGAGCUCUCAAAACUGGAAGGUUUGAUCAGUGCCCUCACCAGCUUUUUAAUCGUUGGAUGGAUAUGUGUUAAUUCAACUAUAAAAAACUCUUGCGAGACUCUAGUGAGAGCAAGUACGAAUUUCAUUUUAAGAGAAAAAUAUUAUUAUUUGGUCAUUUUUUAAAUAGAUUUGGUCCCUUUUUUUUU